AUAACAGAGCUGGGCUAGCAUGUGGAGAAAAUAUCCGUCAGACGAGCGGCUCGUUCUCCUUUAAACAUUAAAAACGGCCCGUCAUCUCAACACGCUUCUAGUCGGCUGUGUGAGGACAAAGAAGACACUGUGACAGCUCAAAGCAGCAGCAUGUCGGUCGACAGUGUGUUUAGGACGCGGUCUCUCGGCGUGGCCGCCGAGGGUCUCCCUGACCAGUACGCCGACGGCAAAGCAGCGAAAGUGUGGCAGUUGUACAUCGGAGACACGCAGAGCAGAACGCAGGAGUACAAAAGCUGGGUGGUGUCCCUGCUGAAGCAGCAAGGGGUGCGGAGGGUCCUGGAUGUAGCCUGCGGAACGGGAGUUGACUCCAUUAUGUUGGUCGAAGAGGGGUUUAAAAUGGUGAGCGUGGACGCCAGUGACAAAAUGCUCAAGUAUGCACUGAAAGCAAGAUGGGAGAGGAGAAAAGAACCAGCUUUUGACCAGUGGGUGAUUGAAGAGGCCAACUGGCUAACGUUACAAGAAGACAUUCAGAAACCAGGAGAUGGCUUUGACGCCGUCAUCUGCCUCGGGAACUCCUUCGCCCACUUACCAGACUUUAAAGGGGACCAGAGUGACCAGAGACUCGCCCUCGAAAACAUUGCCAGUAUGGUCAAACCAGGUGGGAUCCUCAUCAUUGACCACCGCAACUAUGACUACAUUUUGGAGACCGGUCGGGCACCACAAGGAAAAAACAUUUACUACAAGAGCGACCUACCUCAGGACAUCUCCACCUCAGUGCUUUGGGUGGACAGUAAGCCCCAUAUGAUCACUUUGGAUUACACCAUCCAUGUGCCACAGGCCAUCAGUCAGAACCUUCCUGAAGUCAGUAAAUUUCGUCUGUCCUACUACCCUCACCAACUGGAGAGCUUCAAAGGGUUGCUGAAAGACGCCUUCAAGGGCAAACUGGAGCACAGUGUCUACGGAGAUUUCAAGACAUACGUGCCAGGCCAGAGCCAGGCCCCGUGCUACUUCAUCCAUGUCUGUAAGAAGACAGCCUGAUGGAACUGCCAAGACUACCUUGAUACACACAAGCUGCUGUUCAAGUCCCAAUGUGCUCUUACAGUCCUUCAGAUUUGGGCAAAAUUCUAUUUGAACAUGUUUUUAAAACAUUUGAUCUUAAUUUUUUGGCAACUGUUGGACUUUUGUCGUACCUGGACACUUAAAUCAGUCAGAUGUCCAUCAUAGAUUGAUGAUUGCUGUGACGUGGGAUAAUGUAUGAAGCUGUGUGAGAUUAUUUUAAAAUCUUUUAAUUAAAAGAAGUUCCAUGUUAGAGAAAACAUUUGAGCUACCAAACCUCAUCAGCAGAGAAUGUAGAAUAUAGAAAUCUAUCUUCUACAGCAAAAUUUGAUUUCAAUUUCUUCAAGUUGUUUUAAGAAUACAUUCGAAAACGUAUCGGACCACUGUUUUGCCCAUAUCUGGUCAUGUGUGCUGCUUUUGUGUUUUCCUCGUCUUUGUGAUCCUGCUGGCUGCGUUUGAGGUCAUUGACCACGUUUAAAAACGGUGCUGCACAUUAACAAUAUUCCUUACGGUGGAAUACUUGCUGUUUGUCACCAGUGAUGUACGAAGUUAUAUUCUUAGAUAACUGUGUUGUAAGUUUAUCACAUAGGUCUUAAAAACAGAGAUGAAGCUUUUUUUCUUUUUUUAAUGUAUUUUCAUGCUGGAAAGGAAAGUAGAACUGAUUUCCUUCAGGUCUUUAUGUUGAAUCAAAGCUUUGACAGGCAUGAUAGAGUAUGGUGGCAAAAUGAAUAUUUCAACGAAGCUGCCCCACUUUUAGGGCAGUCCUCUCGGUUCAUUUAUCUUAUCUUAAACAGGUUAUUUAAGCCCAUACCUAGACAAGACUGUAAAUCACCCCAGCUCCUUAAAGUGCUCAGUGUAGCACAGGACAAAAUAGGAAACACUUACCCAGAGUCCCAUUAAGAGUCCUCUGCCUUGAAGUGUCCUUGACCAUCUUGUUAUAUCCCCGUCAGUUCCAGAGCUGAUCAUCCUCUAAACCUAGGGAACAAACAAAAGAGAUUAUCCAGUGAAGCCUUGUCCAAAAUGUCUUACAUUUCAACAGACUUUGCCUUUUACUGUAGUAAUUGAAGCAUCUCUUCAGCUUUAUUUUCUCUCAUUUUUGGGGGGGUUUUGUCUAAGCCAACCGAAGGCCUUGAAACACUGUGGCAUUUACAGCUAAUGAAUGUACAACAAGCCAGCAGUGAAAGUGGAUCAUGGUAAUACCGUUAAUGCUGAAUCCCCAACAUCAUUUAAAAUAUAUAUAUGUUAUCUACCAAAGAUGUCAAGUGUGUUAAAAGUGUUUCCUCGUUCUUGAAACGUUUAAAAGGAGGAUCGACUUGAAUGUUGUUCACUUCUGUAUGCGUUGCACCAUUUGUGCACUAAUAGAGUUCACCCAAAUAAUGACGGGAGUCGAGAAUAAUUUUCUGUGCUGUGUUAUCCAGGUCCAAAUACAUUUUGCUUUGUUGCCAAAUUCAAAUUUUUGGUUUUUAAAUGAUUUCAAAUGUAGAACAAAAACCAACGGUACGCAAUAGUUUGUGAUCAACAUUAUGUUCAAAAAGGGGUAAGAAUGGCUGUGUGUUCUUGAAAAUAUAUGAAGGUAUGUCAGAACAGCCCUAUUGUUUCCUAUUCUUUUGAGAAAAUGUAUGAAACAUUUUAUAAAAAAAAAUAUAUUGUCUGAAUGAGUACUGGAAUUCUUUUGCAUUGAAUAAAAAUAUUUCGAAUAACUAUAA